GAGCUGCGGGAGCAGAUGUCUGGGUAUAAGCGCAUGCGGCGGCAGCACCAGAAGCAGCUGAUCGCCCUGGAGAACAGGCUAAAGGCCGAGAUGGAUGAGCAUAGGCUCCGGUUGCAGAAGGAAUUAGAGACACAUGCGAACAACACUUACAUUGAGCUGGAAAGACUGGCCAAACGCCACUCUGCUCAAACAGACAAAGAGAUAAAGUCAGUUGCAUCUGAAGAGAGGAGGAUCCAGCAACAGAUUGUUGCUCAGCAAAAGAAAGAGCUGACUUCUUUCUUAGAGAAUCAGAAAAAGGAGUACAGGCUUUGCAAAGACAAGAUCAAAGAAGAGAUGAGUGAAGACCCUUGUACACCCAAGGAGGAGAAGCAGGAGCGUCUGUCCAGGCACAAAGAAACAAUACAGCGCUCCCAGGCGGAGGAGGAAGCUCAUCUGUUGGCCCAGCAGAGGCUGGUCUACGACCGGAGCUGCAGGGCCCUUAAACGCCGGAGUCUGGUCAGAAAGCACGAGUUUGAACAGGAGCAACUGAGAGAGGAGCUGAACAAGAAGAGGACCCAGAAGGAGAUGGAACAUGCCUUGAUGAUCCGGCAGGACGAGUCCACCCAGGACAUGGAGCGCCGGCAGCUGCAGAUGCUGCAGAAGCUGCGUAUUGAACUCAUGCGGCUGCAGCACCAGACCGAGCUGGAGAACCAGGAGGAGUACAACGGCCGGCGGCAGAGAGAACUACACAGGAAACACACUCUGGAGCAGCGGCAGCAGCCCAGAAACCUCAAGAUGCUGGAGAUGCAGAUCAAGAAACAGUUCCAGGAUACCUGCAAGGUGCAGAACAAGCAGUACAAAGCUCUUAGGAACCAUCAGCUAGAGGUAUCUCCCAAAGGCGACCACAAGAUUAUCCUGAAGAGCCUAAAAGAGGAGCAGACACGCAAGUUGGCCAUUCUGGCUGAGCAGUAUGAGCAGAGCAUCAACGAGAUGAUGGCUUCACAAGCGAUGCGAUUGGACGCAGAGCAGGAAACAGAGUGCCAAGCCCUGAAGCAGCAGCUGAAGCAGGAGAUGGAGCUCCUGGACGCCUACCAGAGAAAAACCAAGUCACAGAUGGAGACCCAACACGAGCGAGAGCAGCAGAAACUUGAGCAGAAGGUCUCCAUACGCAGAGCGCACCUUGAACAGAAGAUUGAAGAGGAACUGGCUGCACUUCAGAAGGAACGCACUGAAAGGAUCAAGCACUUGUUGGAGCGUCAGGACAGAGAAAUUAACACUUUUGACACAGAAAGUAGAAGCCUCGGCUUUGGAAGCCUGGAAUCUCUGGACUUCCCCAAAGAAGACAACAGAUGA